AUGAUAUUUUCCAUUCUCACCGCCUUGUUGCUCCUCGGUUAUUGUGCUCUCCUUACUGCCUCUUACUGCAUUGAAGAGUUAGGACUGAGUACGAAUUUCGCUCCCCUAAGCGACGGGGCCGCUGGAGUCCCUCUUAAUGCUGACGGGUAUGCGAUCGUGCCUUUUGGAGGAGGUGCUUAUAUGGUCACUGAGGGUAUCUACCAGUCUCUCAUCCUCGUCUCGACGGAGGGUGUUAUCCUGGUUGACAGCCCUCCCACGAUUGGCCACAAGCUCCAGUGGGCUAUAGGCAACAUCACGGACCUUCCUGUAAAGUACUUUAUCUACUCACAUGAGCAUGCCGAUCACACUGGCGGAGCAUUUCUCUUUAUGUCCCAUCCAGAUGUGAUAACCGUCGCCCACGAAAAUACUGCGUAUGUGCUCUCGUACAGGAAGGACCCCAACCGCCCAGUCCCGCAGAUCACAUUUUGGGAUGACUAUACAGUUCGACUGGGAAAUCAGACGCUGCAGCUUUCCUGGAAGGGGCCAAGUCACACUCCAGGGAAUAUUUUUAUCUAUGCUUCAGCUCAGAGGGUACUUAUGCUUGUCGACACCGUCUUCCCUGGAUGGGUACCAUUCAACGACUUUGCCGAAUCGUCCUUCAUUCCAGGUUGGUUUGAGGCACACGACUACUUGCUUGAAUACGAUUUCGACCACUAUCUCGGUGGGCAUCUGGGCCAUCCAGGGACGCGGCAGGAUGUUCAGCUCCAGCGGGAUUAUAUCCACGACGUCUACAAUAAUUGUGUGGCGGCUAUAAAUGCGAGCGCGACAAAUAAUACUGUAGUAGGCGAACAGAAUCUUGCGGCAAAGGUCUUUGCGAAUAAUCCGGGAAAUUUCUGGGCCAUGUUUAGAGUAUACACAGACUCAGUGAGUGAUUUAUGUUAUAAUAUGACAAGCAAAAAGUGGUUAGGAAGGCUUUCCGGGCAGGACGUGUACGGGUUUAGCCAUGCGACUACGAUGGUGGAGUCGUUGAGAAUUGAUUGGGAUAUCUUGGGCCCUUUUGCAGUUGCACCAAAUUAG